CGUCCCCUGACACCACCGUAACAUUAGGACGCUACGCCCGAAAUAUCUCUCCAGUGACCCCAACACCAGCUGAAGUCACCCAACACGAGUCACACGCUGAGCAUUACCCCCGGAGACCAUGGACAAAGUGGUGGAGAUCGAACGCAUUGAUCUGGUGUGUGAGGUGAACAACACGGAUCACCACACGCUGCAGAACGGUGCGGACCGACUGAUCGUGAGGAGAGGACAGCCGUUCACCAUCACACUUCACCUGCGACCGGGGACUCACUUUCAGAAUGGGGACAGUAUCAACUUCAUCGCCCAAACAGGUCCCAUCCCCUCAGUGGAGGCACAAACCAAAGCCAAAUUCAGCCUCAGCAGAUUCAUCUCCAGAUCGAGCUGGAGUGCCACAGCAGAGGCGUCUGACAGCACUGUAUCUCUGACCGUGUGCUCGCACCCAAACGCUCCUAUCGGAGUCUAUAAGCUGAUCCUGGAUCAGGGAGAAGGAGUCAGUCUGGGAGAGUUUGUCCUGCUCUUUAACCCCUGGUGCAAACAGGACUCAGUGUUUCUGGCGAGUGAUGCUGAGAGGGAGGAAUACGUCCUCUGUCAGGACGGGCUGAUCUUCCGCGGGAUACCCAAACGCAUCACAGUCUUACCAUGGACCUUUGGACAGUUCGAGACUGGCAUACUGGACAUCUGUUUGCAGAUUUUAGAUGAGAGUCCAAACUAUAUAAGUGACGCAGCGCUGGACUGUUCUGAGAGGAGGAACCCCGUUUAUGUGACCCGAGUCCUCAGUGCCAUGAUCAACAGUCUAGGUGAUAAAGGCGUUCUGGUGGGUAACUGGUCAGAUGACUAUGAGGACGGCGUGAAGCCCACCGUAUGGAAGGACAGCUGCUCCAUCCUCCGGCAGUGGAGUAAUGACGGAUGCAGGGCGGUGCGUUACGGACAGUGCUGGGUAUUCGCAGCUGUUGCCUGCACAGUGUCCAGAGCUUUGGGAAUCCCAUGCAGAGUUGUCACCAACUAUGGAUCAGCACGUGACAGCAAUGGAGACCUAGUGAUGGAGCGUUUCUACAACGAGUUUGAUGAGAACAUUGCUAACGACUCUAUAUGGAACUUCCAUGUUUGGGUGGAGAACUGGAUGACACGUCCAGACCUGACGCUAGGGUACGAGGGUUGGCAAUCGAGCGACCCAACACCUCAGCAUCGGAGUGAAGGCGUCUUCUGUUGUGGACCAGCCCCUGUGAGAGCCAUUAAAGAGGGCGAGCUCACUUUCAAAUAUGACGUCCCGUUCGUGUACGCCGAGGUGAACGCUGAUGUGGUGGAGUACAUCAAACUGAGAGAUGGAAGGGUGUUUAAGAUGGGCGGAUCCACUACGGAGGUCGGGAAAUCCAUCAGCACCAAAGCAGUGGGUCGAGAUGAAAGAGAGGACAUUACACACACCUACAAGUAUCCAGAGGGUUCUGAAGAAGAGAGAAGGGUUUAUGAGAAGGCAAAUCAUCACAACAAACUAGCACAGGCUGGAGAGGAGCCUGGUUUGCACAUCAAAAUUAAAGUGACCCCGGACAUGCAGAUCGGCUCUGAUUUUGACGUCUACGCAGAGUUAAAAAACAACACCAUGGUCACGAAGUCCUGUAGAGUUAUGUUCUACGCCCAAGCAGUGUCUUACAAUGGCAAACUUGGAGAAACCUGUGGACUGGGCGAGUUUACAGAGAUGAAUUUGGCUUCGACUGAAGGGGGUAAAGUAACCCUUCGACUGGAAUAUGCAGAGUACAGCAAAGCCAUAACUCAAGACAGGAUGAUCAAACUGUUGGCUUUACUCAUCGAUGCAGAGACACGGGAUUUCUACAGAGCAAAGAAGACCAUCAUACUGGAUGGCCCUGAAAUAAUCGUCAAUAUCCUGGGUGUCCCAAAAGUGGGCCAGAACCUGGUGGCAGAUUUAGCACUGCAGAAUCCACUUCCGGAGCCCUUGGAGAACUGUGUGUUCACUAUACAUGGUGCCAACCUGACCGACGGCAAACCCAUCACUCAUGAGGUUGGAACAGUUGGUCCUAAAGAGUUUGCCGCUGCCAAAGUGCAGUUCACACCAAAGCUGCCAGGACAAAGGAAGAUACUGAUAGAUUUUGCCAGCGAUAAACUUCACAAUGUUGUGACCUAUGAGAAUCUUGUCAUAUAUGAAUAAAUGGACUGUUUUUACUUA